AUGGACAGGUCGUCAGAACGACAUCAAAACCAAUACCAUAAUGACGUCGACGAUAUCGAGGACUUUGAGGGCGAAUCCCAACCACGAAUACCCACAUCGCAGUGCCCCCCAGCGAUUGAAGUGCCAUUGCGUUCAGAACAGCCGCCGAUGCCAGCGGUGCGCUCGACGCCAAAGCCGCAGCAAGGGAUACCGCCACAGAGUUCAGGGAAGAGGAAGGGUUUCUAUGAUGGCAUAGAUCCGGAUCUAUUCGCAUUAGCUGAUGUAAAUGAGAGGAAUGGAACAAAAAAGAAACCAAAGAUGGGUUUCUUGGCUAGGGACAGCCUGUCGGCAUUUCGGGGGGCCUCUGGUGCCGCCGACGAUGAUAUAACAUCCGCAAAGACAGGCAAAGGGUUACCAGUGCCAAAAUCCGUACAAAAACAACAGCCUUUCGAGUUUCCUACACCGACCCCUCAAACCCAAUCUAAUAAGUCUAGAGGCUUUGCUAUAGACCCCGACCUCCUCGCUGCCGCUUCUCCGGUGAAGGAGAAACCACAGCGCGCGAUAAUAGGAUGGAAGCCGUCUAUCUCACAGGCGAUUGCGGCCCAGGAUUCAAGCUCCAGGGUUCUAUGGCCGACAGGAUCGUUCCAAACCACCCCUCGGCAGAUGACCAAACAUAAUCCAGUCCCUAGCGAUGAUAUGGUUCCUGAAACGUCUCCACCGCCCCCCACAACACCUCCACGUCAGACCCUGCCUGUACCCAAUGAUGAUUCCCAAAUUUCGAUUGCAGAUUCUAUAGAAGACCUUGUCUCCCCUAGAAAAUCGGAAUACCAUCGCUCCAAGACUGAAGACUUUGAUAUUAUACAUUCAGAUAUCGACAUCACAUCCUCGCCCCCACUUAGUCCAUCAUCUUACUAUUCCUUCAAAUCAACGCAUGCAGAUGAUGCCUCCGUUAGCGGUGACUCUGUCCCCGACCCGGAUCUUAUGACUCUCGAUGAUCUUAUAACCCCGUUGCCAAUACGCAAACGCCUUCUAAGAGAACUAACACAGCAACCCCCAGCGACACCUACGCCUCAAACACCCCGUCCAGGUUACUUUAACAUUCACGACCUACAAAAAUCUAUCAUUGUACCGAAAACAGAAUCCUCACGUGUUCCGGACCCACAGCACCGCCGAUACAGUCCUGGCGGCCUCGCUGAUACAGUAUUGGGAUGGAGGGAGGAACUUCAUAGUACUUCUGUUUUCAAGCAGAGGGUACAGCCGAUUGGUGUAGACUACAUUAUCACUGUCAUCGAGGUGGUUCAAGAUGGUGACAUGAUAAUUAUCAAGGGACAUGGAGAGGAAGGCGUUGUGAAGGCCAUUAUUUCGGGUCCGGCAAGGUUAGGGUUGCAAAUUUCUGUGGGGCAGGUGGUACGGUAUGGAAGGCCGUGGGUAGUAGUGAACUUACUAGAAGAGGAGUGGAAGUGUUUAAUGGGAAAGGUAGAAGUCCAAGAAAGGGAUGGAGAUGUAGAUAUGGGUGAAUAG